UGUAUUGCAGGUAAGUAAAGUGAAGGUUGGUCAUUGUGGAGGUGCGGACAACUGCGAGACUUGUCUGGCGAAUCGAGAUCCGUACUGUGGUUGGUGUGUGCUGAACAACGGUUGUGUACCCGAAUCGGAAUGCACCAAAUCCAUACCAUCAACACCACACGAUUGGCUCACUUUCCGAACCGGUAAAUGUCCAAUGAUCCGAAAAGUGGAACCGAAUCAAAUGCAAAUCACAAGUGCGUCGUAUCUGAAUGUUGAGCUCGAGAAUAUGCCGAAUGUUGGUGGUCAAUUAACGUGUAUCUUCGAUUUCGGUAAUAUCUCUGGACCAGUCACGAUGAUCGCUGAACAGAACGGUAUUAGUGAGUCGAAAGUG